AUGAGCGCCCCGAAGAUCAAGCUCGGCACGGACGUGCGCGCGGCCAUCGAGAAGAUCCAGGGCGAGAAUGAGGCCCUGAAGCAGGACCUGGCCCGCGAGAGCCGCCAGUCGCGGCUCACGCAGGUCAUGAACAGCAACCAGGGCGGCGAGGUCCAGCGGCUCCAGAUGGAGGCGGACAUGUACCUGCGGAAGAUCGAGGGCGAGCGGCGGAAGAUCGAGCAGCUCGACUACAAGAUCGCCAUGGCCCAGCGGACGAUCAUCGAGCAGCGGCAGAAGAUGGGCGGCAUCAACGCGUCCAAGGAGAACCACGACAUGAUCUCGAAGCAGAUCCGCAUCUUGGAGAACCGGCUGGACAAGGCGCUCCAGAAGUUCAACGAGUCGUUGGCCAUGAACAAGCAGCUCCGGGAGCAGAUCGACAAUUUGCGGAAGGAGCGCGUCGUCUUCGACGGCAUCUACAAGAAGCUCGAGAAGGACCUGCACGAGAAGAAGAAGGAGAUGGCGGCCAUCAUCGAGGAUUCCAAGGUCGCCUACCAGCGGAGCGACCGCGCCAUGGGCGAGAUGGUCGCGCUGAAGCAGCAGGUCGACAAGGAGAAGGCCGAGUUCGAACGCGAGUGGCGCGAUCUGGGCAAGCUCAUGGAGCAGGACCGCCAGCUCCGGGAGCAGCUGCGGCGCCAGAGCCGCGAGGAGCACCUCGCCGGCGGCGCGCGGCGGUCCGGCGGCGGCGACCCCCACGACAAGGUCGUGUCCUACGAGGAGACCUUCGCGAAGAUCCGCGAGGCGACGGGCGUCGAGACCAUCAAGGACCUCGUGGACACGUUCCAGGACAUCGAGCAGAAGAACUUCUCGCUCUUCAACUCCAUCAACGAGCUCAACUCCGACAUCGAGGCGUCGGAGCUCGCCAUCGCGGAGACGAAGCUCGAGAUCGAGAAGUACAAGGGCCAGGGCGUGUCCACGGACACGCAGCGGAAGAAGGUCCUCCGGGACCUCGAGGAGCGCCUCGCGCGGACGGAGGCCAAGGCCGACGAGUACGAUUUGAAGCACCAGAACGCGACGAAGACCAUCAACCAGCUCAAGACGGGCAUCCACUCCAUCUUCAGCCGCCUCGGCUGCGCGUCGACGUCCGUCGAGGAGAUGCUCGGCAACCAGGGCGUCACGGAGUCGAACAUGAUGCAGUACCUCGAGAUCAUCGAGCAGCGCACGACGGAGAUCCUCCAGAUGUACGCCGCGUCCCAGCAGUCCACGAAGGACGACCUCCUCGCCAACAGCGCGCUCCAGUCGGGCAUCGUCCAGCCCGCGGCGUCGCGGCUCUCCGUGCAGCCGCCGGCCUGGGACGACUUCAGCUCCGGCGACGAGAGCGACCAGGAGGACGACGAGCGGCCCCUCACGCGCGAGGAGCUCCAGCGGAAGACGCUCCGGGGCCUCGGCAUGAAGGACAAGAACCAGCACCACGCGCGCGCGACCAAGGUCGUCAAGGCCGGGGGCAAGUAG